AUGGCGCCGAAGCAGAAGACGAUCGAGCAGCGCUACCAAAAGAAAUCGCAGCUAGAGCAUAUUUUGCUCAGACCGGACACCUACAUCGGCAACACAGAGCUGCAGACGCAGCAGAUGUGGAUUUACAAUGAGGAGACUAAGCGGAUGGUCUAUGAGCCUGUCUCUUUCAUCCCUGGUCUGUACAAGAUAUUCGAUGAAAUCCUCGUCAACGCAGCCGAUGUCCACGCCAGACAGCAGUCAGACCCCUCGUUGAACAAGAUGACCUUCAUAAAGGUCAACUUCAACAAGGAAACAGGGGCAAUUACCGUGGCAAACGACGGCGAGCCCAUCCCGGUGCAGAUACACAAGGAGCACAACAUCUACGUGCCGGAAAUGAUCUUCGGCGAGCUCCUUACGUCUGACAACUACGAUGACUCGGAAGGUCGCAUCACUGGCGGUAGGAACGGUUUCGGUGCCAAACUGACGAACAUUUUUUCGAAGACCUUUGCGGUCACAUGCGGAGAUAGCAGGAGACACAAACAGUUCGCAAUGAAGUGGGAGGAGAAUAUGAAAAAGAUACAAUCUCCGGCGAAGGUUAUACCUUAUCACGGUAAAGAUUUCGUCAAAAUUACAUUCGUGCCUGACUACGAGAGAUUUGGCAUUUCUGCCAUGGACGAUGGCACGCUCAAGGUGCUCUUGAAAAGAGUAUACGACGUCGCCGGCACAACUGGCCUUAGGGUGUAUUGGAACGAUGAGAGACUCCCAGUCAGCGAUUUCAGGCACUACGUAUCGCUAUACUUCGACGAUGAGGCUCCACUAAUGAAGGUAUACGACAAGGCCCAUAGGUGGGAGGUAAUGGUAUCCGCCACCGACGGCAGCGGGUUCCAACAGGUUUCGUUUGUCAACAACAUUACAACGUUGAAGGGUGGGACACACGUGCAGCACGUUCUGGAUCCACUUGUAGCGGCAAUUACCAACAAAGUGAAGUCAAAGAACAAGGAUGGUGUGGAGCUAAAACCUUACCAAAUCAAAAACUACAUAUUCUUGUUUGUCAAUUGCCAAAUUGUGAACCCAACCUUUGACUCGCAGACGAAGGAGACGCUCACAACCAAGCCAACAAAGUUCGGUAGCAAGUACACCAUGAACCCCAAGGCGGUUGCCCAGAUACUCAAAAGCACGCUGCUGGAGCGCAUCGUGUCAUUCGCGCAGCACAGGCUGAACAUAGAACUCAAGAAGAAAAUGAAGGUAACAAAGGCCGUCAACAGGCUAACCGGUAUUCCGAAGCUGGAGGAUGCCAACAGGGCUGGGACACGCAGUGCACGGGAUUGCACUCUGAUCCUCACGGAAGGUGACUCCGCCAAGACUUCCUGCCUUGCAGGGUUGUCGGUCGUCGGUAGAGACAACUAUGGGGUAUUCCCACUGAAAGGAAAAUUGUUGAACGUCAGGGAUGCUAGCUACAAGCAACUGGUGCAAAAUGCAGAGAUACAAAACAUACUUAAAAUCAUGGGCCUGGACAUAUCUAAAAAGGAUCAAACAACUCCGGAAGGACUUCGAUAUGGCUCCAUCAUGAUCAUGACAGAUCAGGAUUACGACGGAUCGCACAUCAAGGGCCUGCUCAUAAACUUGCUGCACUACUUCUGGCCAAAAAUGAUACAGUACCGGGGGUUCAUCAGGGAGUUCGUAACUCCGCUCAUCAAGGCCACUAAAGGGGAUGCCGUGGUAUCGUUCUUCACAAUGCAGGAUUAUGUUCACUGGGUGAACACCACCAACGUGUCCGGCUGGCGCAUCAAAUACUACAAAGGUCUCGGUACCUCCACGGACAAGGAGUUCAAGGAGUACUUCACCAACAUUAGACAGCAUCUAAUCGACUUUGUGUACGAAGAUGAAGUAGAUGACGACAGCAUCGACAUGGCGUUUAAUAAGAAAAGAGUUGACGACCGCAAGGCCUGGAUGCAGAGCUACGAGCACGGCACAACCGUCGACCACACCAUCAAGAACCUCAAGUACUCUGAUUUCAUCAACAAAGAACUCAUCCAAUUCUCCAUCUACGAUACGGAACGUAGCAUCCCCUCUGUGGUAGACGGGUGGAAACCUGGGCAACGUAAAGUCCUGUUCGGUUGCCUAAAGCGAAACCUGAUUGCGGAAUGUAAAGUAGCGCAGCUCACGGGUUACGUCGCCGAGCACUCCGCCUACCAUCAUGGAGAAGCAUCGCUUCAACAAACCAUCAUCAACAUGGCGCAAGACUUUGUUGGAUCUAACAAUAUCAACGUGCUCGAGCCAUGUGGACAAUUCGGUAGCCGGAAAGAAGGUGGUAAAGACGCUUCUGCGGCGCGUUACAUCUUCACUAAGCUCAUGCCCAUCACCCGACUAAUCUUCGUGGAAGAGGAUGAUAACGUGUUGCAGUACCAGAACGAGGAGGGGCAAACCAUCGAGCCGUUCUACUACAUACCCACAAUACCCAUGGUGCUGGUCAACGGCAGUGAAGGUAUAGGAACAGGAUUCAGCAGCCAAAUUCCCAACUACAACCCGUACGACAUCAUCAACAAUUUACGGUUGUACCUCACCAACAGGGAUAUGAAGCCCAUGGUGCCAUGGUAUCGCAAGUUCACAGGUAAAAUAGAGCCGAACGAGAAAGGCGGUUUCGAUUGCAUCGGAACCUAUCAAUGGUUGGGCGAAGAAGGAAUGCUGGAAAUUACCGAGUUACCGGUUCGUAAGUGGACCCACGACUAUAAGGUAUUCCUGGAGAGCCUUGAGCAGGGUGUUGGUAGGAAAGAACCCUUGAUUCUGGGGUUUGUGGACAACUCCACCCACGAAAGCGUCCAUUUCACCGUUAACGUAAAUCCCGAUGCAAUAGAGGAAAUACUGAACGAAGGCGUGGAGAAGGUCUUCAAGCUGCGCACCAGCAUCGCCACCUCCAACAUGACGCUCUUCGACGGCCAAAAGAAGCUCAAGCGGUACAGCAACGAGCUGGAGAUCGUCAGGGACUUUGCCGCAGUAAGGUUGGAAACGUACGAAAAAAGGCGUCUGUAUAUGAUAAACAAUCUCCAAUUAACGCUCAAACGCAUCAGCAACCAAGUCAGGUUCAUACACAUGGUGAUAAACGAGGAGCUCAUUUUGUUCAAAAAGCAGAAGGCCGUCCUGAUAGCCGAACUGAGGGGGCUCAAGUUCGACCCGCAUUCCGAACUUGUCAAAUCCAGCGCCGGCAGCGAAGUGAACCCCCCAAUACUUCAUAACGAACCCGCCACUCCCGGCGGUCAGUCAAAGAGGACGUCAACCCUGGACGCCCAGGCGGCAGAUUACAACUAUCUGCUCAACAUGCCCCUGUGGUCGCUCACUCUGGAGCAAGUCCAGAAACUAAAUGAGGAGCACGCACAGAAGGAAAUGCAGCUGCGCCAACUUAUGGUCACCACCGUCACCGACAUGUGGCUGGAUGACCUGGAGCGCCUAGAGACAGCCAUGAAGGCAACAUACCGGCAACAGGAUACGGCGGCACCCACUCCGUCAAGGGCUGCACUGCUGCAACUUGGCAAAAGGAAGUUGAAAUCCUCUAACAACCAGAAGAGUGGCGCCACUCCAAAGGUAGCCGAGAGCCCUGCAACGCGCACUCCAGCGUCCUCAUCGAACAGGGCAAACAAACGAACCAAAACCAAGGCUGCUGCGGACGAUUCCAGCGACUACGAUGAUGACGUGGCGCUUGUUUCCGACACAUACACAGACGAUGAUGAGGACAUGGCCGCCGCACCCAAACCAGCAAAGACCUCGAAGACCACAAGGAGACAGAUUUCUAUCGCAACAGCCUUUUCAAGUGCAAACCAGAAUGCGAGGGACAUGCAAAACGCAAGCAAACCAAGUUGCGCUACACCGUCCGCAACUGACCGACCCGCGGAGAGGCCUCCCAACCCAAUGAAGACAGCAAUGCCAGAAAUAAAUGCAGGCAUGGAGUCGUUUAACCCUAACAGACAACCGUACGUGCAACAAGCGGUCUUAGAUGAGUCAGACAACGCGUCAAUGACCGCCGAGUCUGACGACGGGUUCUCCCUGAGCCAGAUGGAUUUCUCACAAGACGCCCUGGCCGCCUCGGACAUCGAACGUCUGAUGGAUGAAGCAAGGCGUAAGAAGCAGCAACGUGAGGCCGCCAAAGCGAAAUCGCUAAACACACAACAAGCAGCACAUUCAGCUCCAAAGGGAGGUGCCAAAACGUCUGCGAGCGCUACAAGCACGCCAAAGAGGGGUGCCGGGACACCCCAAAGGGCCACCAGCACUACGCCCAAGGGCGUAAAAGCCGCGUCAAAACCAAGCGCAUCGCCCGCUGCGCCUAGAAGCCGCACCACCACUCCAAGAAGCAGCGCGAAGAAGCCUCAGUUUUAUGAGUCAAGUGAGGGGGAGGACUACUACGGUGAGGAUGACGACGAGGAGAGCGGCUAUGAACAGGAGGACGAAGACGAGGAAUAUGAGGAAACGGUAACACGCGGCCAGUCACGCUCAUCGCGACGCGGCGAUACGGCAGCUUCUCAGGAUACACCCGGCAGCCGGUAUAGGCGUAACACCGCCACCGCCAAGGCAGGAGAACAAAAGAGCAGGCCAACUACGUCCGCCAAGAUAACACCGCCUGCUGCCAGCACCGUGAGGAAAGCCUCGCCUUUGGACGCCCCGAGCAGCGGUGACCAAACGGGCAAGGACCUCGACAUUGAUUUCAGUCUCACUCAGGAGGUGGCCGAUAAUGAGGGGCCAGUCGCUGACGCCCACCCGUCGGACCAAUACACAUCAGCACUUCAAAGGGCUGGCUUGGCAAGAUUUAGCGUUGGACUCGCGGAUAGGCUGCGGAACAUGCCUCCGAAGCCACCGCACAAUUAG